ACGUGACGAAAAUAUGGCUGUCAAAAUAGAUUUGACACAAAGUGAAAACUUUAUGCUGUAUCUUAAAUCAAUUUUAAAAGAAUGUAUAUGAACAUAAGACAAUGGGAACUGUGGUUGAUAGAGUCAUUGACAUUUUCCACCACCAUAAAAGAUUUUCUUCGAUUCAGAAGUUAUGUAUUUUAGCGAUAGUGAUAGGAGGUGUGUCUCUUCAAACGGGUCUUUGGACGUGGUUGUUUACUUACAUUAUAACUUUAUCCUCAACAGUUCUGAUUUGUCAAUAUUUGGUAACCACGGAUGCCAAUUUCACAUUUAUAGAAGACUUGCUUAUACUUCUGAAGUCUCACGAAAACGACUCAUGGUUCACCAGCUUGGAGGAAUUUGUUAGAGGAGAAAAACCCAGUGAGAAAACACUGCAGGACCAAAGUGACGGCCAAAGAAAAGUUGAAAAUUCAUCAUGGGAGGAUGAAAUUCAUUUAUUGGCAACUCUUAUAUCGCAGGAUUUCAUUAGACCUUGGUACUUAACAGUGAGUAACAAACAUGAUCUAUUGGAGGAGAAAGAAGAGGUUAUCUUCAAAGCUUUCAAACAUCUUUGUCUGAAGUUUACUAAAUGUGAUAUCCAUGAACUAUGUAGAGAGUUAUUACUUUGUUACAAAGAACACUUACGAAACUUUCAACAGGCAAAGUCUGUGUACAACACUCAACCAAGAAAAAGGAGUAUUUCUAGUCUUAAUUCUCCCUCUGCCAAGACAGUUUCAUCUGUUGAAGAAGCAUAUGAAACGAAGUUUACUUAUCACAGUGCAGUAUGGGGAACAGAGAAUGAAAUUUCUUAUUUAAAAUCAAUAAUUGAUUUACUUUUAUCAGAGUUUUUGGUAAGACAAUUGCAAGAUAGCAGAACUCCUCAAGUGUUACUAGUAGAAAUCUUAACAUAUAAUGUUGCAAAACCUGCCUUUGAUCUCCUGUCUAAGCCUGACUUUUUACAUGAAUGCAUUGUUCGUAUUUUAUCUGACGAGGCUUUAAUAGAAGUACCUCCAGAUAUCAACACAAGUCGUAGUAGCGAUCUUGUGCUUUUUAAAGACGUUAGGGAGGAAUCUGAAGAGGAAGAUGAAUUCAAGGACCCCCAACCUAGUUUUUCAUCUAGCACAAGUAUGUUUGAAGAAUCUAGUCAAAAAUCAGAACUCACAAGGCAGCAGGAGACCAGCGGGCUUCUACAGAAUCCACAGUCUACAGUGAGUGUAGAGGCACAGGUAGCAAAAGAGGAGGAAUCAGAUAUAAACACAAACCAAAGCAUUCCUAUCUCCCUACUGGGACCAGCUUUUUGUCGCGAUACAGAGGUCAGUCAAGAAAGCUCUGAAAAUGACGAAGGCAGGGAAGCUUCUCAGGAGGGAAAAAAGUUUUAUCUGGGGAGUUUUGAUGACAUUUCUACGUCAGGUGAAGAUUCAACAAGGAUAUUUUUAAACCUACGAAUAGUGGAUACAGAAACAGCCUCAGAAAACAGGGGAGCUAAUCAGUAUACACUGUACACAAUCCAGUAUGAUGCAAUAUAUCUCGAAGGCGGACACACUGAAGUGCGAACAAACAGGGUCAAAAGAAGGUUUCGAGAAUUUAUCAACCUCCAGAACAGAUUGGAAGAUAAUUCUACAUAUAAAAGAAAUCUGAAAGAUGUGAAAGGGUUAACAAAGUGGCUUUCAUUGCCGUUUGGUAAUAUGGAUAAAAACAACAUUGAAAAACGCAAGAAAACGUUGGAAAAUUUCAUAAAGGCUCUACUGGAGAAAGAUCUUAUCUGUAACAGCCCAGAAAUGAAAGAAUUUUUAGCAUAUGAUGGUAACGCCCACAUAGCAUUUGUCAGGAAAGCACCAGAUAGUGUUCAGCCAUUGACAAUGAUGGUGAGGACAUUUUCUAGUGUUUUUGACAAGAUUGGGGAUAAGGUGGGAGAAAUCUCCACCAACGUGACUGACUUACUGCCAGGUUUACCGCGGAGGAGCCAAGUCAGAGAUCCUCAGAGCCUCGAGGAGGAUGAGGAUCAAAUCCUGCUGGAGUUUGGAACCAUUAAAGGGGAUGUGCUUGUGUUGGAGAACCAGUUAUCUAGUCAUGUAAGUACAGUUUGUGGGGGUGAGGCAGAAAGUUCAGAUUCUGAUGAGAAAGGCAAAAGUGAGCCCCAGAAAUCAGAAGGUGAGAUAAAUGAGGUCCAUGAUGCAGGGUUGGCAGAAGUUGUGUUUGACAUAGUAGUACAAGCUUUACAGGGCCGAAACAGCUGGGUGUGUCGAGAAAGAGUCAUCUCUCUUGCCAAGCACAUGCUCGGAACAGCAGUUAGCAGGUGGCUCAAAUGGCAGAUAAGUGACCUUACAACUCCUCAGAGAUGUGCAUUUUAUCUACAUCUGUUUAGGGAAUCGAUUUGGCCAAAUGGAAAGUAUGAUUCAUCCAACCGUGAAGUCAAAUCAGAAAGGCAGAGAUCUGCAACCAAAGAGCAAGCCCGGAGAGUUUUGGCAGAAUUUUUUCCAGAUGUUCUGGUUCAGCUCCUUGAGAAGGAAGACUAUGACUGUGGGAUAGAGGAAAUCAUGGAUUCCAUUCAGUACGAAAAACUUAACAAGAAUUUCAUUUACACUUUCCUGGAUCUUGUUUUGGAGAAGUUGUUUAACGAUAUUCAACAGAAGAAUGUACAGAAAGAGUCUUAGUGAGUGGAACAAACCCCUAGUGCAGGGAAACUAUGCGAACAAUCCCAAUAAAUGAAGGAGACUCUGGAAAUAAACCCAUUGUGGGAAAGCUAUGGGAACGAUCCAUUGGAACAGACACAAAGCAUAAUAAUGCUAGUACCAUCACUCACAUUUUAAUAUUGCCUAUCCUGAUCGUUAUUUUUGUGACUGUAUAAUGUUGUUGUAACAGUAAGCUCCCUUGUUUUUUAAUCUGAGAUAACAAUGUACUUAAUCACCUGUCUGUGUUCUAAAACCGGUUUAAGUACUAUUAUUCGUUAGAAACAUUCCUGUUUAUAAAAUGUGGUCCAAGCAUAUGUAAAUCAUAUUUGGUAUGGUUGUACUUUAUAAAAUAUAUUAUUUUUAAUACUAA